AUGGCAUCGACGGCAUCCACCUUGGGCUUUCGCGUUCCCGCCUCUCCGGCUGCCAUCUUCCAACUUCUCCAUGCUGCCAUUGUGACGUCCACUGCAACGGCUUCUCUCUACGACCCGACAAGCUUUCAGGAACAAACGGGCAUCUCCGAGCCGGCGACUGCGAGGGUGAUCUGUCAGUUUGCUCGCAGUUCAGUCCAUUGCCCCUGCUGACAUGACAUUUGCUGUAGCUUUUUUCCUCAUUGCACUCAAGGCCUAUGAGGUUACGGGAGCGCUACAAGACAACAGAGCAACGUACUGGGUUUCUACGAUUGGUCGUGCGGCGGCGGCCAGCUUGAUGGUGUACUGCGGUGGUGCAUGGGCGAAACUAGCGCCUCUUGAUCUUGGAAGUGCGGCUGUGCUUGGCAUCUGUAUGGCGUUCUCACCGCCAGCCGCAGCCGCAAAGGCGAAGAGUGGGUAG